AUGGUUGUACGGCCUGCCAAUGACGCAAAGAAGACAAUAGACACAACCUCUUCUUCUAGAGUCCCCAAUAGCAUAAACGGCAUCCAUAACACGGCCACUCGUCGCGGCCAAGACUUCGUCCAUCUGGAAUGGAAGGAGAAGAAGAAACACCUUGUGAACGCCCAGCGAGUCGUCGCGCACAUGAAUAUCAAGAUCUGUCGUGUAUUCUGCGGCUUGUUUCUAGAAGACGGUAUCGGGCCGUGGUUCGGUCUCGAUAGUCAGAACGGGAAGUAUACUAGUGCUGGGUCAUCCCGCACGCCGGUAUCGUUUACCUCGCUUGGGGACAUCGGUAGGACGGUUGCUUCGCUGGCGACUAUGCUGACAGAGGAGAUUCCGGUUGUUGUUCAUGUCGGUGGUGAUUCGCGAUCAAUUGCGGAAAUUGCGGGGAUACUGGAGUCUGCUGGUGCGGGACGGAUUGAUAUUGACUGUCUCCCCUAA